AUGUGGAAGAUGACCCAACAAUUGGCCUUUUGGAGACCCGGUGAAGACAAGUGGACUAGACCCGUUGUUGAUUUUAAAAUUAGUUGGGUGUUGGAUACCUGUUUUUUUAAUGGACAAUUUUAUGCCAUUGAUCAUUUAGGAAAGGUUAUGGCUUUCGAAAGUGACAUCAUAAAGAGUCAACCGCGAAUCGUUAUAGACUUAAUAGAUAAAGGUGUUCUAUUCAAACAAACUUAUGGCAAGUUUUACCUGAUCGAAGUGGAAAGCAAAUUAUUGGUGUUACAUAGGCAUCAUCUGUUACUUGAAGAUGAUGAGAUCAAUCCGGAGAAAUCAAAUGAGGUGUAUUGGACUAUAUGUUUUGAGGUUAUUGAGUUGAAUCUUGACAAUGGCAGUGUCAAAUCAGUUGAGGAUAUCGGCAAUCGAGCUAUUUUUAUAGGUCUAAACUCUACCUUUUCGGUAGAAGCAUCGACAGAUAAACAUGGUUGUAAACCUAAUUGUAUUUAUUUUAUCGAUGACAAUACUGAGUAUUUUAAUCACGAUGGUCUCAUGGGAAGAGGAAUCGAUAUGGGAAUUUACAGCUUAGAUGAAGGAAAACUCAUUGAGCGGUUUUAUGAAGGUCCGUCACAAUUUUGUUACACCACUCCACCUACAUGGGUGGAACGACAUGGGAACUUGUAA